ACUUAAGGUGCCCACCCCUGACAGCCCUGAAUCGCUCAAUUCACGCUAAUUCUUCAGUUCUUCUCUAGCUUCCCUGUACGCGUCAGCACGUGCUUCUGUAUUGGUACUUUUAAGCGGUGAAAUAUGGGGAACCGCCCAGGAAAAGGGGCUGUUAAGAGGCUGAAGCAGGAGUUUCGACGACUAUCAAUGACAUAUUCAGUAAUGCGCCAAGCCACAAAGCCAUCCCUUGCCUCAGCUCCUUUUCUUUGCUGACUCGUAAGUCUCUAGCCCUAAAAAAGAAUGCCGGCGCCACUUCCCAAUCUCUCACACUCUCUCGAUCUUACCAAAUUUCCUUGAAGACUGAUCAUGGCGAUAUGGCCAACCGCAUGAGAUUUGCUCCUAAUCGAGUGGUCAUCUUUGGUAUCGCGGCUGCCCUUGGACUAUUUGUUCUUUUUCACUCUUUCGAGCCCCGGAAACGCGCUUGGUCAUGCAAGACGCUCUCCUCGUGCUUGGGGGGUAAUCACCCGCCCACCUACAAGCAUUGGGAUGGCGUGCCAUUGGACCUCGCCGUCGGCAAGAAUGAAAAGACCCUGAGCGACGGGACCGUAUUUUACCACCAACAUAUUGUCAACACAAAUCCGGACGUGUUAUUUCUUGUCUUAACUAGGGACGGACACUCAUGGAGCCGCGAUUUCCGAUCUACCCGACGCACUGUAUACGAUUUUAUUGACAUGCUCGUAUCGACGGACCUAGACCUGACCCGGGUGUCGCUGGGUCUCAUGACAUCGUCACGCGAAGAGUUCGAGGCGACGAAAGAAGCGAUUAUGCCGCUUCCAUUUGCGCGCGUGGCGCUGUUUUAUCGCGAAGGUGAUGGCGGUGGGCCUGCUGCUAAGAUCCCAUACGAAGAUCGGCACAAAGACGAGUACCAGCGAUUACGCCGUGGAGCCAUUGCUAGUGCCCGCAACUACCUGAUGGCACGAAGCCUACAGGAUGAGUCGCACGUGAUCUGGGUCGACGCAGAUAUUGUCGAGUUUUCCCCAGGUGUAAUUCAGAAGAUGAUCGGUCACGCAGAGACGCGCGACGAUGUCGGUAUCAUCACGGCAAUCUGCAUACAAACCAUAACACCCAAUUACGACAAGAACGCGUGGACGGUGAACCGGCAGGUACCGCUGCUGAUGGGACCUGUUGGAGAUGGCGAUCUCGAUACCGCCGCAGAUAAACUCGUCGAGACCAGGACGUACUUAGACGAGCUAAUCAAGGGGACAUCCGACGACGAUCUGCUGCCUGUAGACAGUGUUGGGGGUACGAUAUUGUAUAUAAAGGCGAGUGUGGUGCGACAAGGCAUCAACUUCCCCACGUCCUACGUUGUCGGCACGACGUGGUCCCACGAAGGAUGGGUGGGCAUCGAAUCAGAGGGAAUAUGUUAUAUGGCAUCACACCUCGAUGGCGGAGGCGGCUGUUUUGUGCUAGGUGGUAGUCAUUUUGUGAGACAUGCCGAUUGGAGUUGAAAGGGAUUUGGUGGGUUUUUGGAAGGUCGUUGCAUAAGAUAUGGCUUCUCUUUUUAAUGUGAUACCCCAAGUUAGGUUUUGUCCUACAGCAGGCCUUAUGGCCCUGACGUCACGUUCAACUUUAUCUCCAAUAAGGUUCCUUCCAUUUUACCCGACAGGAUGGAUCGCUCCCGAAGUCAUCUUGUACUAAGUAUACCUCGGUACUAUAUAACCUCGAUUAGGUUCCUGCAUUACACAUCUAUAUAGAUACCAUGAAGGUUGGGUUGGAUUUGGAUUGGAUACUUGUAGACUAGGAACAUAUACUAGAUGAGUUGACGUUUUGACCUGUCGAUGCUGACCAGGACGCACAUUUCAGAGGUUCCAUCUGUUUUAGCGGUAGUGAUCUAGACGCAGACUUGAGAGACAUCAUACGAUAUCCUCAUUUCAACUCAUCCUCCAAAUCCUAAGGUGCUUUAAGGGCACAUUGAACCAUC